CGGGCGGCGGAGGAGCUCAGUUUGGAAUUUCCACCUCGCCAAGAGCUGUGUCCCUCACAGGCUCAGCAGGAGAGGAAUGGGAUCAGCAUCAUCCACACACCGCUCUAAGGCGAUUUUCCUGGACAUUGGAGAGAGCCGCACACAGAAGGUCAUUUUCAGCAAAUACUGCAGCCCCAGUGACAUCCGAGAGUUACUGUGCAGCACCACCGGACUGGCUCGCUCUCCAUACAGAGUUGUUGCUCUGACUGGUGCUCAGUUAUCUGAGAAAGAUGAAGUUUUCCAGAACGUUCUAGCUCAAGUUGCAGAGCAAUUUUCCAGGGCCUUCAAAAUCAACGAACUCAAAUCUGAAGUUACAAACCGCCUCAGCAUUUUGGAGAAACGUGUGGAAUGUACUUACCAAAUCAAUGCUCGCACUGAACUGGCAGUCCGUUACAAUGACAUCUCGCCCCUUGAGAAUCAUCACUGUGCCUUCACAUUCCAAAUCUCCUCCCAGCCUGAGAGUAACAUAUUCAGCAACAUGGACCCUGAAAUCUUCAAGCAGGCCCGUCAGGGAAUCAUCAAUCUGAUUCUGGCAACUGACAUGGCUCGGCACGGCGAGAUCCUCGACAGUUUCAAACAGAAAAUUGACAACUUUGACUUCUCGAAUGAGGAAGAUGUGACCUGUCUGAAGAUGAUUCUGAUUAAAUGCUGCGACAUCUCAAAUGAAGUGAGGCCAAUGGAGGUGGCAGAGCCUUGGGUGGACUGUUUGCUGCAGGAAUACUUCAUGCAGAGUGACCGGGAGAAAGCCGAGGGAUUGCCCACUGCCCCCUUCAUGGACCGGGAGAAAGUGACAAAGGUCACCGCCCAGAUUGGCUUCAUCAAGUUUGUUCUCACCCCCAUGUUCGAGCUGGUGGCCAAGCUGUUCCCUCAGAUUGAAGAACCAUUGGUUCAGCCACUGAGAGAAUCACGGGACCGUUACGAGGAGCUAAAGCAAAUUGAUGAUGCUACAAAUGAGAUUCACAAAAACAAAAAUGAAUCUUUAUCCAUCGGUGGCAAAAAGAAGUGAAACUGUCCUGGUGCGUGAUUGAGAAUCCUUUAGGAGGAUAAUAUUCUAUGGAGAUACGGUUUCUGUAUCACAGCCUGGGACAUUGCUACUGUGAAGGAAUCACCUCGUCCACACCAGGGAAUUGGGAACGCCCAGCAGUGAGAGCUGUAGCUGUGAACGACAAGAGCAAUCUCCUGUGACCCACACUGACAGUGACAGUGCCACAGCCACAGCUUUGGGAAAUCAUGUUCCUGUUUGAUGUUUAAUACUGGACACAAUUGCAGACUCUGGAAGCUUUUCUAGUCAUGUUUGGUCCGGAACCUGAAAGGAGGCCAACUAUCAUUCAUUCGUUGAAAUUGUUGGGUUUUUUAUAUUUGUUCAGUUGGAACUUUUCAGUUUUGAAAUUCCUAGUGUCUGUUUAAUAUUUGUGUUGUUUUAACUUGUUUCUUUUUUUAAAAAAUUGGCUUCUGAUGAGGUGGUAGUGCCUUGAGUUUUUACUGGGCCUUGACUCUAUUUGUUAAAGAACUGGUUGUAAUAAAAAUCAAACAGUUCUCGUUGGUGAUAUUUUAUUUUCUAUUGUUUGGUUGAAAUUCUUGAAAUGAGGAGUUUGGCUAACGGCUGAUUUUGAUGGUUUGUUUUAUACAUUUCUCACUUUUUCCUUUAAUUUUCAUGGUUACAAUGGACAGUAAUCAAAGUAAAUAAUUGAUUUUCAAAAUCCAAAUAUUUUCUUUUUUGGUGGUGGGGGCGAUAGACAUUCUCUCGCUGAUAGCUAUUGCUGUUUAUAUCAAUUUUACAGGCCAACUGUUUAAAAACUGAUGUCAAGUGAGAAUGAGAUUUUACAUUUUGAUAUUUUAAUAUUAAACAUUACUGAUGUACUUUUGAUAUAUUUUUCUUAAGGAAAGAAUUCAGGGAAAUGGGCUCAAGGCAGGUAUAUGGAGACAGGCCAUCCCUGGGCCAUGAUCUUACUAAAUGAUGGGAACAGGCUCAAGGGGCUGACUGGUCUCUUCCUAUUUCUCUGAUACUGUGUUGCAACGUACUGGUUCAAAAUGACAUGGUCUCAAGGAAAGAUUUGCUCAGCCCCUUUUACACAGGUGAUUACUAAAAACAAAUGAUUUCUGGUAUCUGGGCCAGGGGAAAGGAAUGGAGCCGGUGGGUGAUGUAGAGAGUGCUAAGGGUGAGCGAGCUGGCAGUAACUGAGGAUCGAUUUCCCAUUCUACUAUUUAAUAGCCUGUUGCCUGAGAAAUCCCACCGAGCAGCUCCCUGAAGAGGUGUCCUCCCCAGCCCAGGCCUGGAAGAAGCUGGGACCAGACUUCGGGAAAUUUUUAUUGAUUCUUUUUAAAAAAAAAUUAGU